CCCGUGGCGCCGGCAGGAUGGGCAAGUGUUGCGGUCUUCGUACUGCCAGGAAGCUCCAUAGCCACCGACAAGACCAAAAGUGGCAUGAUAAACAGUACAAGAAAGCCCAUUUGGGCACAGCCCUGAAGGCCAACCCUUUUGGAGGUGCUUCUCAUGCCAAGGGAAUUGUGCUUGAAAAAGUAGGGGUUGAAGCCAAACAGCCAAAUUCUGCCAUCAGGAAGUGUGUCAGGGUUCAACUAAUCAAGAAUGGCAAAAAAAUCACCGCCUUUGUACCCAAUGAUGGUUGUUUGAAUUUUAUUGAGGAAAAUGAUGAAGUUCUGGUUGCUGGAUUUGGUCGCAAAGGUCAUGCUGUUGGUGACAUUCCUGGAGUCCGCUUUAAGGUUGUCAAAGUAGCCAAUGUCCCUCUUUUGGCCUUAUACAAAGGCAAGAAGGAAAGACCAAGAUCAUAAGUUUUGAUGAUGAAAGCAGGAUAGUAAUAAAUUUCCAUAUGCCA